AUGGCUGGACACAAAACUGGUCAGGAUGCUGCUGUCAUCUGUUCAGCUGUGCCCAUCAUUUUAACUGGAUCUGGAUCGACUCGAUGUUCUGGCAGAGUUGAAGUUUAUCACAAUAACAGCUGGGGAACAGUCUGUGAUGAUGGCUGGGACUUAAAUGAUGCUGAGGUGGUUUGCAGACAGUUAAACUGUGGGUCUGCACUGGAAGUUCCUCCAUCAGCUCACUUUGGUGCAGGAACUGGUCAAAUUUGGCUUGAUAAUGUGACCUGUUCAGGAAAUGAAAGUUCUCUAGCUGAGUGUCAACACAGUGGAUUUGGAUCAAACAGAUGUGAACAUGUACAGGAUGCUGCUGUCAUCUGUUCAGCUGGAUCUGGAUCAUCCCGAUGCUCUGGCAGAGUUGAAGUUUAUCAUGAUAAUGUCUGGGGAACAGUUUCUGAUAAUAACUGGGUCUUAAACGAUGCUGAGGUGGUUUGCAGACAGAUAAACUGUGGGUCUGCACUAGAAGCUACUCCAUCAUCUAAAUUUGGUGCAGGAACUGGACAGGUCUGGCUCAGUGGUGUGACCUGUUCAGGAAAUGAAAGUUCUCUAACUGAAUGUCAACACACUGGAUGGGGAAACUACUACAACUACUACUACAGUUUACAUUCUUCUGAUGUUGGUGUCAUGUGUUCAGGUGUGAUCAGAUUAACUGGAUCUGGAUCGACUCGAUGUUCUGGCAGGGUUGAAGUUUAUCACAAUAACAGCUGGGGAACAGUCUGUGAUGAUGGCUGGGACUUAAAUGAUGCUGAGGUGGUUUGCAGACAGUUAAACUGUGGGUCUGCACUGCAAGCUCCUCGAUCAGCUUAUUUUGGUGCAGGAACUGGACAGAUUUGGCUCAGUGGUCUGACCUGUUCAGGAAAUGAAAGUUCUCUAACUGAGUGUCAACACAGUGGAUUUGGAUCAAACACAUGUGAACAUGGUCAGGAUGCUGCUGUCAUCUGUUCAGGUUCUUUUUUUGAGGUAAAGAUAUUAGCUGGUUCUGGAUCGACUCGAUGUUCUGGCAGAGUUGAAAUCUUUCACAAUAACAUGUGGGGAACAGUCACUGAUUAUAACUGGGACUUAAAUGAUGCUGAGGUGGUUUGCAGACAGAUAAACUGUGGGUCUGCACUACAAGCUCCUCGAUCAGCUUAUUUUGGUGCAGGAACUGGACAGAUUUGGCUCAGUGGUGUGACCUGUUCAGGAAAUGAAAGUUCUCUAACUGAAUGUCAACACUCUGGAUGGGGAAACUACUACUACUACAACAACUACUACUACUACUACUUUGGACAUUAUUCUGAUGCUGGUGUCAUCUGUUCAGGUCCAAUCAGAUUAACUGGAUCUGGAUCAAGUCAAUGUUCUGGUAGAGUUGAAGUUUACCACAAUAACAGCUGGGGAACAGUCUGUGAUGAUGGCUGGGACUUAAAUGAUGCUGAGGUGGUUUGCAGACAGUUAAAGUGA